AUGAGCAGCGUUGACCCAGACGACGACUCCCCCAACAUGAUUGUCUACAGAAAGAUUGAAGACAUUGUCACUCGCAUCCAGGAUGAGACAGAGGGGGUUCCCAUCAGAACUGUCAAAAGCUUCAUGACCAAAAUCCCCAGCGUUGUCACAGGUGCAGAUAUUGUUCAGUGGCUGAUGAAGAGUCUGUCCAUCGAGGAUCCAGCUGAGGCCAUGCACAUCGGGAGUCUCAUCGCAGCUCAGGGGUACUUCUUCCCUAUCUCAGACCAUGUCCUCUCCCUCAAGGAUGAUAGCACUUUCUACCGCUUUCAGGCACCGUAUUUCUGGCCGUCCAACUGUUGGGAGCCUGAAAACACUGACUACGCUAUCUACCUGUGCAAGCGGACCAUGCAGAAUAAGACCAGGCUGGAGCUGGCAGAUUAUGAGGCGGAGAACCUAGCCAGGUUGCAGAGAGCCUUUGCCAGGAAGUGGGAGUUUAUCUACAUGCAGGCUGAGGCCCAGGUCAAGAUCGACAGGAAGAAGGAUAAAACUGAGAGGAAGAUCCUUGACAGCCAGGAGAGAGCCUUCUGGGAUGUCCACAGACCUGUGCCAGGAUGUGUAAACACCACAGAGAUGGACAUCAGAAAAUGCAGACGCAUGAAGAACCCUCAUAGAAUUAAGAAGUCGGUGUACGGUGUGGCGGAGGAGGGAACACAGUCUCAGAGUCCCAUACACACUCCCUCGCACCAGUACAGAAAAGACACCAAGGAGGAUGUGGAGAAAGAGAUCUUGUUCCUGAACACCCAGCUCGACCGUCACUGUAUGAAGAUGUCUAAGGUGGCUGAAAGUCUGAUAACCUACACUGAGCAGUACAUGGAGUACGACCCGUUUGUGACUGCACCAGAACCGUCCAACCCCUGGACCAAUGACGAUCCUUCCUUCUGGGACCUGGAGGCCAGUAAGGAGCCCAGUCAGCAGAGGGUGAAGAAGUGGGGUUUCUCUCUGGAGGAGGCCCUGAAAGACCCCGCAGGACAGGAGCUCUUCCUCAAGUUCCUGGAGUCAGAGUUCAGCUCAGAAAACCUGCGGUUCUGGUUGGCGGUGCAGGACCUGAAGAGGAUGCCCCAGCAGGAAGUUGCACAGGGGGCAGAGAACAUCUGGGCAGAGUUCCUGGCGGAGGGAGCACCCAGCACCAUCAACCUGGACUCCCACAGCUACGAACGCACCAGCCAGAACCUGAAAGACCCGGGGCGAUACAGCUAUGAGGACGCACAGGACCACAUCUACAAACUGAUGAAAAGUGACAGCUAUACUCGCUUCCUGCGCUCCAACGUGUACCAGGACCUGCUGAUGGCAAGGAAGAAACCUGAAACGGAGCAGGGCCGACGCACCUCCCUGGAGAAGUUCACUCGCAGUGUGGGCAAGUCACUGACGGGCAAACGACUGACGGGCCUCAUGCAGUCAUCCUGA